AUGUCUGAUCCUGUUGUUGAAAAACCGGGAGCCCCAGCCGAGACGCCCAGGAACAUCCCACCGCCGUCCGACAAGUCCAUUGCCGCCAAAGUCCACAAGGAGAUGCCGAACAAGGUCACCGGCGCGUUGGCUACGCCCGACCGCAUCCUCCUGCGGUUGAACAAGUACGGCCUGACCUACAGCCUCUACGGAGCUGAUCACGACAGAAUGUUGACGAGCAUUCUAGACUUCUCGCUGCCCCAGGCGGCUUGAGCGCCUUCCUCUCCACCUUCAACUACACCCUCUACCUCCUCACUCACCUUGAGGCAAAGGCCGCGCCGCUCCAGGAACGUCUCUUUCUGCUCCUCAACCGAAAUGCGGCUCUCCCGAAGGUCACGCCAGUCACGCCCGCCGGCCCAUCGCGCUUCGCAGCUUUGGCGGCUCUCCUCUCCCAGACGCGCGUGACCCUGCGUCUGUUUGGACUGUUGCCGCUGUACGCAUGGGCACGUCAGUUGGCACAAGGGCCGAAGCCCGGACAAGACCACGUUCUAUACACUUGCUCGGUCGCGCAAUGCGGGCUCUACAUCGCCUUCCAGUUCCUCGAGAACGUGGCCCUGCUUUCAGACAACGCUGUCAUCCCAGCGCAGCUUACCGCGAGGUGGACGGAGAAGACGGGUGGAAAGGCGACUAAGAUUUACCUUACCGCAUACCGUGCGUGGAUGCUCGGCUUCUCGAUCGACUUCGUCCGGCUUCUCCGUGAAGCUCAGCUUGAGCGUAACAAGCGCAGCCAGCGCAGCUCCGUCGAGAGCAAGGAUGUCUCCGUGCAGGAGGAGGACAAGAAGAUCGACCAGCAGUGGUGGCAGCAGCUGAUUGUGCCGGCUGCAUGGUUUCCAGUUGGAUGGCAGUCUGCUGAGUGGAACGAAGGCGGCUUCCCUGGUUUUAGCUUGGGACUAAUGGGUGCUUGCGGUGCAAUCGCUGGAUUGGACAAGACGAAAGCGCUCUGGGAUGCGACUGCAUAG